AUGGCUGAGAGUGAGUUCGGGUUCUGCCGGCGCGUGAAGCUGGUUCUAGGAACCCCGGGUGGUGCAGGAGUUAGGGCAACGCGGAGCCCCCGUGGAGCCAGAGUCGCAUCCUUCCUCAAGAAUGUCUGGGCCAAGGAACCUGUGCUGGUGGCAUCCUUCGCCAUUGCGGGCCUCGCUGUAAUCGUGCCCACACUCAGCCCCUACACCAAGUACUCGCUCAUGAUCAACCGGGCCACACCGUACAACUACCCAGUGCCCCUCCGAGACGACGGGACCAUGUCUGAUGUGCCCAGCCACCCCCAGGACCCCCAGGGCCCGAGCCUGGAGUGGCUGAAGAGACUGUGA